CAGCAGGCCCUGGUUGGCUCCUCCUGUUCGGCCUACGCGAAGGCAUGCGCGUUGUGUGAAGGCCAAUUCGCAGCUGCGCGGCCUGACUAGAUCUCCGGGGCGGCAGACGCCGCGCAAGACGGGGAAGGAGAAUGCGGCGAAGCGAGGAGAUUGGCCCAGGGGCGUUCAGGCCGCUGUUACCUUUGAUGCUGGUAGUGUUCCUGCGGGAGGCUGCAGGGGAAACUUGCGCCCCCGCCGCGCCUUGUUCUUGCCGGCGAGGUGUAUUGGAUUGCAGCCGCCUCCGCAUGUCCGGUCGGAGCUUAGAACCAGGCCUGCUGCCGCCUUUGCCUCGCAGCAUCACCGCGCUAGAUUUGAGUCAUAAUGAUUUGUUAUCCUCUAAUUGGAGUAUUGAUUCAUCAGGUCAAAUGCUGCAAGAAGUGAAGAUGAAUCAUAAUGAACUAAGUGGUAUUCCCCACUUUGGUGAACUAACUUCUAAUAUCACACUACUAUCACUAGUGCAUAAUUCAAUUCAGGAGAUUGUCUCUGAACAGCUGCAACCUUAUUUCUCCCUGGAGAACCUUGAUCUCAGUUCCAACUUCAUCACAGAAAUCAAAGUUUCUUCAUUUCCACAUAUGCAGCUGAAGUACCUGAAUUUGAGCAACAAUAGAAUAACCACUCUGGAAGCAGGCUGUUUUGAUAACCUGUCCAAUUCCUUAAUAGUUCUAAAACUGAACAGAAACAGAAUAAGCAUGAUUCCAUCGAAGACUUUCAAGCUACCUUAUGUGCAGUUCUUGGAACUUAAAAGAAAUCGAAUUAAGGUAAUAGAAAGCCUUACCUUCCAAGGCUUGGACUCAUUGAAAUCAUUAAAAAUGCAACGCAAUGGAAUUAGUAAUCUGAUGGAUGGUGCCUUUUUUGGAUUGAAUAAUAUGGAAGAAUUAGAGUUGGAACAGAAUAAUCUGACAGAAAUAAAUAAGGGAUGGCUAUAUGGCUUGAAGGCACUGCAAAAGCUCUAUGUCAGUCAGAAUGCCAUUAAUAGGAUUGGACCUGAUGCAUGGGAAUUCUGCCAAAGUCUUUCUGAACUAGAUCUGUCAUACAAUCAACUGACUCGCCUAGAUGAGUUUGCUUUUAUUGGAGUGAAUGUAUUGGAAAAAUUAAAUUUGAGUGACAGUAGACUCAGUUACAUUGCUGAUGGAGUUUUUAAAGGACUCUCAUACCUACAGACUUUAGAUCUACGGAAUAAUGAGAUUUCCUGGGCCAUAGAAGAUGCAAAUGAAGCAUUUACAGGACUUGAGAGACUCAAUAAACUGAUUCUUCAAGGAAACCAAAUUAAGUCAAUUACAAAGAAAGCACUUUCUGAUCUUCAGGCCCUUGAAUAUCUAGAUCUGACCAACAAUGCUAUAGUAUCUAUUCAAGAAGGUGGUCUUUCCCAGCCUCUUCUUAAAGAAUUGUUGUUGAAUACUAGCAGCUUAUUGUGUGACUGCCAGUUGAAAUGGUUCCCACACUGGCUUUUCCACAGCCGUUUGCAGGACGCUGUCAGUGUUGUUUGUGCUCAUCCUGAACGGCUAGCUGGAAGGAGCAUUCUCAGUGUGAACACUGAAGACUUUGUUUGUGAUGACUUUCCCAAGCCACAAAUUAGAACACAUCCUGAGACAACAGUUGCGCUUAGAGGAACCAAUGUUUCCCUGACUUGCAAGGCGGUGAGCAGCAGUGAUUUGCCUAUAUCUGCUGCCUGGAGAAAGGACAAUGAAAUAUUAUAUGACACAGAUAUAGAAAAUUACGUCAGGUACCAACAACAAGAUGGUGAAAUCCUGGAAUAUACUUCUAUCCUGCAUGUUUUCAAUGUGAACUUUACUGAUGAAGGAAAAUACCAGUGUAUCAUCUUCAAUCACUUUGGGUCCAAUUAUUCCAACAAGGCCAAGUUGACUAUCAAUGAGUUGCCUUCUUUUGUGAAAACUCCCAUGGAUUUGACAAUACGUACAAGAGCCAUGGCUAAAUUGGAAUGUGCUGCAGAAGGCCAUCCAUCACCCCAGAUAUCCUGGCAAAAAGAUGGCGGCACAGAUUUCCCUGCAGCUCGUGAAAGGCGCAUGCAUGUGAUGCCAGAAGAUGAUGUCUUCUUCAUAGUAAAUGUGAAAACUGAAGAUAUGGGGAUUUAUAGUUGUAUGGCACAAAAUGUGGCUGGCAGUAUAUCAGCAAACGUAACAUUGACUGUGUUAGAAACACCUUCAUUUGUUAGGCCUCUGGAAGACAGGACUGUAGCUCAAGGUGAAACAGCUGUUCUGCAGUGCAUUGCUAGUGGCAGCCCUGUCCCUCGCCUAAACUGGACCAAAGAUGAUGGUCCUCUGACAGUGACCGAACGGCAUUUCUUUGCAGCUACCAAUCAACUGCUCAUCAUUGUAGAUGCUGGAUUAGAGGAUGCUGGAAAAUAUACUUGCAUUAUGUCUAAUACUCUUGGUACAGUGCGUGGCCAUAUUUAUCUACAUGUAUUAUCCUCACCGAACUGUGACUCAUCCCAAAGUGGCAUUGGAAUUGGAGAUGAUGGCUGGACAACAGUUGGGAUUGUAAUCAUUGUUGUGGUCUGCUGUGUUGUAGGCACCUCUCUAGUUUGGGUUGUUGUUAUCUAUCACAUGAGAAGAAAAAGUGAAGAUUAUAGCAUCACUAACACAGAAGAGGUAAAUUUGCCUCCUGAUAUUCCUAGCUACUUAUCUUCUCAAGGGACUCUGUCAGAGCCACAGGAAGGCUAUAGUAAUUCUGAGGCAGGAAGCAAUCAGCAACUGAUGCCUCCCUCCAAUAGUUACAUACACAAAGGCACAGAUGGUGGCACAGAGCCAUUGGUGAUCUGCUCAGAUUGUUAUGACAAUGCCAACAUCUAUUCCAGAAACAGGGAGUAUUGUCCUUAUACAUACAACACUGAAGAUGAUCCACUGGAUCAGUCAUUGUCCAGCCUAAUGAUACAGAUGUCUAAAGAGCCCUAUCCUGGAUGCCCUCAGCAUGAAACCACAACUAUUAAUAACUUUUCAGAUGGCCAAGAUAGGUCUGUGUUUCUUAGCAGUCAAGACAGGCUACAUGAGAGGAAACCAUGUUCCCAGUCCUGUGGCAGUGAUCUUUUUCAACAGUCUUUAUGGGGUAUCAAUAAUGAUCUGGGGUUGUUGCAUCCUCAUUGUUCAUCUCCAUCUAAGACCCAUGAGGUGCUAGAAGUUCUGAAAAAUGAAGGCAUCACGGAGAAAGAGCCAGAGCAGAUUAUUCCUCCUAGGCUUCAUCACAGAUUACAUGAAUACAACUUUGAUUUUAACAGGACUCGGGACAUGCAAGAGCAUCGUGAAGCUACAUAAAAAUGAAAUAAACAUUAGCAGCUUGAAGCAUUUGUUAGUAUUAUUGCUACCUCAUAUUUUGACUCAUGGCAAAAAAUGUUUCAUGCUUCCAACAGAGGCCUAAUGGAACAGACCACUGACCGCAUGCUGGAGGGCAAAAUCACUUCUGCUAUUUUCCAAUAAGUAGCAUAUAUUAAAGCUCAGUCUUAAACGGAUAGUGAAAAAAAAGAAGAUAUAACACAGUGAUGGAAGUGCGAGUGUCUCUGUUGUCUUGGAAACAUUCCCAAGAAUGGUUCACAUACGUUACCUUUCCUGCUGAAAAAAAAAAAACUUUAAAAGAGCCUCUUUGCAAGAUUUCUUAGUAUUCAUCAAUAUGAAACUUUUGCUUGAUUUUUUGAUCCAUCUGACAACUAGCAGGAAUUCCUCUCAGUAUGUCCGAUCACAAAAUCUAUUUACUUUUUCUCUCUGAAGUAUUCAGAUGUAAAUAUAUACAUAUAAUAUAAAUAUUUUGUAUACACUAAUGGAGAUGAGAGAUUGAAAUGUAAAGUUUUUUUUAAAAUCAUGCCAAAUAUCACAUCAUUCUGACUUCCCUGACUUGUUUUGCCAGAAAUCAGAAAUUGUUUACUAAGAGUGAUGCAGAUGGGUUGGUUCAUAAUUAUUUUUUUUGCACUCCACGAUUGGAGUUAUCAAAUGCUCUGCCAUUCAUUCACUGGAGAUUUUCAUUCUUUGGUGGCUCUUCCACUUUAUAGUUUUAUGUAUGGGCUGUAAUUGAUGGAAGGAAGAUUGUGCAUAAAGAGAAUUUCUUGUGAAUCGGCCUGUGGAUUUUAACACAGGAUAUGAUAUGUAUGAUGUGAGAGAUGGUUAACUUGAUGUAUUAUUAGAAAUACGAACUAUUAAUGUGAAGUCAUUUUUAAAAUUUCAUGGAUGCUGGAAAUUAUUUUACUUUUUUCAAGCUUAGAAAGUUUAAACUGAUUAUCUCUGUUCAUACCCAUGCCUGAGAAAUUAAGCAAUGAGUGUGUAAGAUGUGAAGAAUUAAAUGAGUUGAACAUCAGUGGUUAGUCAGAAAACAGUGUUUCUCAACCUUGGCAACUUUUAAGAUGUGUGGACUUCAACUGCCAGGAUUCCCCAGCCAGCCAUGCUGUCUUCCCAAUGCUCCCUGAUGCAGGCUGAGUCCACACAUCUUAAAGUUGCCAAGAUAGAGAAACACUGUAUAGAAGAAACCUUUGACACAUAGGACUGGGAAGGAAUUUGACACAUUUCCUAAUAUGCUUUUGUACACCAAAAUGAAAUGUUAUACAAUACUAUAAUUAUGAUAUAACAGUGGAACAGCUAGUAAUGGAAGAUUAUCUCAGAAUAAGAAAUAAAAGGUAUAGACCUUCAGUAGUCUACAGAUUGCUUUUUAUACUGAGAUAAUCUUUUUGCUAAUCUUUGCUAUUCUUGAAUAUUCUGUUUGCUAAUUUUUCCUACUAUAAUAAUUCAGAGUUCUGGAUUGCAGUUAGAAGACAUCUCAUAAACUCUGUGUAUUAGCUGUGGCAAACACUUGUAGUCUGACAAAAUGUAGGAAAAAUAUUAGCUGUCAAUGUAAUCCCACACAUUUAUUCAGAUUUAAGUCCCAUUAAGUGCUGUAGGCUUAUUCUAAAGUAAUUAUAGAAUUGUAGUCUGAUUUGAAAAUUAGCCACAGUCUGUAUCAUCUGUUCUCAGAGUUCAAUAAAAGGUAUUUUGUAAACUAUUUGGUGUGCUUCUAUAGUAAAAUGUUGGCAUGAAAAAUUAUUAAGGCAAAUAUAUUUCAUUUGUGUCCAACAUUCCUGCCUUGUAGAAAAAAACUGAAGACUGAGCUUUUCUGGAGAGCUUUUGAUGCUUGAGCUAUGGUUAGAUUGCAGUUCUGCAGGCUACUUCUGCUGACUGCCAACUGCCAGGAGAUCGGCAGUUUGAUUCUCACUGGCGCAAGGUUGAUUCAGCCUUUCAUCUUUCCAAGGUUGGUAAAAUGAGGAGCCAGAUUGUUGGGGGCAGUAGGCUGAUUCUGUAAACCACUUAGAGAGGGCUGUAAAGCACUAUGAAGUGGUAUAUAAGUCCAAGUGCUAUUGCUAUAUUGUACUGGGUUUUAUCUGCCUUAUUUCUAUGUUACUUUAUAGUAUUUCUUUAUGUGCAUUGACAUAAAAAUUGUGUAGUAAAUGAAUCAAUCAGUGACUAUAUCCCCACUAAUGGAAAUAAUAUGUACUAAGCUCAUGAGUAAUAUUUAACUGGAAAAGGCCUCUUUUUACUAGCUGGAAUUUUAGUGUUUUUGUUAAAACUCUUAUUAUAUAAAGCCUUUUCUGGCUGGAAGCAGUAAAAUUCCUGUGUUUUGUUUUGUAACUUAAGAAUCCCUAUGGGCUUGUCCCACUUACAAAAAGUAACCAGCCAGGUAACUAAGCAAUGAAAGAAUGAACUCAUUAAGUAGUGGUUGCUUGCCCUUUUGGUUUUUGUACCAGUGGAAAGUGCCAACUUACAUAUUGCUUAUUUCUUCAUAAUAUCAGUAUCCCAAAUCUUACAGGGAUCUCUUGUCUGAGGUCUGAACCAGUGCUGAAAAUAGAAAAGUCAAGGCAGAUUAUUGUCAGCAAGUAGAUAAAGUUCAGCUUUCUAGGGCACAAAAUAACGUCUUCUUUUAUCCAAGAUAUUUGCUUCAAAGUACUGAACCCACAAAAAAUUAAUCUUGCUUGCAACUACAAUUUUAAUGCUUGUUGCAUUAUUUUCUGUGAGAACCAUACUUGAACUUUAGCAGUAAAAAUGGAUAUAUGAAAUAUACAGAAUGGCAGGUGAUGAAAUGGGUAAGCAUUCUGUUAACAAAAUUACAGAGGCACUUUAUUAUCAUUUUAAAUGUUGCGUUUUAGAAUUAUAUAAGAGAAAGGUUCCAAUUAAAAACCUUUGGUAAAAUAUAGGUACUCUGAAAAGGAUAAGAGUCAGACUGCAUUAACACUCUGUUUUGUAUUUCUGAGAUAUGUGCUAAAACACUCAGCAACAUAAAGUUCUGCAAGAACUUUCUUGUUGCUGGUUUUGCAUCUUCUUCAGGGUGGACAUGUACCAGAUGGUUAAAGCAUUUCUAUUUUAUCUUAUGUAAAGUUAGCACUUGAGAUAAUUUUCUCUCACUAAGUGAUGAAAACAGGUUAUGGAAAAUUGAGACAGCUUGUGGAGAAUCUGAUAUGGCAAAGCUGGAAAAAUAUGUAAGACCAGAACUUCAUUUCAUCUUUGUAUAUAUUCCUGCCAGAUUGCAAAUGACAUAUUGCACAGCUCAGUAUUUUACUAUUCACUCUGGAAGUUCAGAAGCUUCACUGUAGAGAGACAAAUUUGGUAAUCCAAACUUCCUUGUUAGAUAUAAGGAAGUUCCCGUUUAGCAACCACAACUGGCACUGGCAACUCAGCUAUUAAGCAGUGAGAAAGUGAAACCAUGGCUGUCUUAGGAUCUUCAGGUUUGUUUUUUUCUUUAUAGAUCUGUGAAACUUGGUAAAUGUGAGGAUUGAUUGUGAAGUUACUUUUUCAUCACCAUGAUAACAAUGGUGGCUAAACAAGAGCUACAUAUUUACAUGUCUUUAUGUAAAACAAUUCAGACAGCUUUGGGGCUAGAAUGGGUUCAGCAGUCAGGCUGUAAAUCUGGAAUGAAUAAAGUAUUGAGGAUAUUUAUGAGCACAAGGAUGUCUAAAAGUAAAUUGUAGAGCAAAGAAUUUAAACAUUUUAUACCUUCUCUAAGCUAUGUUUUUGGAAAAUGACUUCCUAGCAAGCCAAUACUUCUCCUACUCUGAAAACAAAAUCUAUAAGGAAUUGUGUCUGGGAUUAGAAUUUAGGCAAUUUUGAAAUAUUUCACUUAUCUAUCAUUUUUAAAAGAGGUGUUUUUUUGGGGGCAAUUUGCAGGGAAAAAAAUAUUGAUACUUUUUUCCAAUGCCAAAGUAAUUAUAGCUGUAAAUAUCCAGGGCAGUGCAAAUCAAUGUUUUCUUAUAGCUGUUCUUUCCUUGUAACUAUUUAUAUUUUCUCAUGUAAUCAGAAUGUAUAUUUUGUACAGCAUGUGUAAUAUGUUUGUCUAUUGUAAUAUACCUUACCCAAUAAAGGAAUACAUAAUUAA